AUGGGUCUCUUCAUUAGUGCUCUGACAAGCUUCACCUCCGUCUCUGUUAUCGUUACAGAUCCCUUGACCGCUUGGCUAUGCGAUUCGACGCUUGGAUGGCGGUCAUCCUUUUAUCUCCAUGCAGCUUUUGGGUUUGUCGUCUUCACGCUGUGGGCCAUAUCUAUGUUGACGAUCCACAUUUACAUCCGAAUGUUAGCGAAAAGGAGUUGGCUAAGAUUCAAAAGGAGAAAACACAGGCCCACAUCGAUCGAGACAGUUUCGUUCCAUAUAGACAAAUCAUACUAA